AAUGUUGACAAAGAAGUUGAUGCUGAUCAAAAGGUGGUGGUUGAUAGAAAUUACGUCAAUGGUUUUGGACAUUAUGUUGGUGUAAUAGAUGAUGCUGAGGAUGUUGAUAAGGAGGGUUUUGAUAAGAAAUAA